AACAACAACAACAACAACCGAUAUAUCAUUCUCUCCCGUUUCGGUUGGAAAGACAGCUCGAAUACAGCUAAAUUUACAGUACAUUGACGAGAGCACAGGAUUGACUAAUAGAUGUUUAGGUCACUUGCGAAAACAUUAAGUGGAUAGGCCCCAUGAUCAUCAUUAAGGAAGUCAAAUCUGCCGAUUGAAAGUGUCAUCAAAUAGAAGAAAACGUGAAAAAAGACAUCCUUAAUGCCAAGUACUGCCAAAAAUUAAAAAAUUGUAUGUCGGCUGAUCGCUUGGCUUAACCUUAUUCAGUGAAUCCUGACGAGAGCAUAACCAGGCCUUUAACCUUAUUCAAUGAACCCUGCGUUCUAAUAGGAAUAGUACAGCUAAUCUUUGAGUGCCAAAGUCCCAUGCAAUUUAUGCAUAUCAAAUCGAAUAACCGUUUUUCGGAUACCGGCGACCGCUUUAACCCAGCGUAGUCCAUAGCGUAGGGGAGCUGAAGUAACUGGACAAAAAAAUAAACAAAACAAUUUCCCCUGCCACCCAACGACUUUUGCAAAGUUUAAUGUUCCAGCCGACAGAAAGAUGUAUCCUUUAAGUUCUCAGAAAAAGUAUUGGACAUUCUCUAAUCUGGAUCAGUUAAAUGACUUGCGAUUGAAACGGAACCAAAAAUUCAUUGAAACUCAUGGAGCACAAUUGAAUGAGCAACAGCGCCAGGAACUAUUUCUCGAUGCAACAGAGGAACAUUUACUGCUUAAACAAUAUGAAAUUUAUUUAAAUGAUUUUUGCCGAAGGUUUGAGCCGGCCAUGCCUAAAUGUGUGGUGGGGACUGCCAUUCAUUACUUCAAAAGAUUCUUUUUACACAAUUCUGCCAUGGAUUACCAUCCCAAGGAAAUAUUGGCCACUUGUGUUUAUUUGGCUUGUAAAGUUGAGGAAUUCAAUGUGUCUAUUGGUCAAUUUGUGGGCAAUAUCAAAGGAGAUCGCAACAAAGCUAUGGACAUUAUUUUAUCAAAUGAGUUGCUGCUAAUGCAACAUCUGAACUAUUAUUUAACCAUUCACAAUCCAUAUAGACCUGUAGAAGGAUUUUUAAUAGAUAUAAAGACUCGCAGUUCUAUGAUAAAUCCUGAACGUCUACGUCCUCACAUAGACAGCUUCAUCGAGAAGACGUUCUUCACAGAUGCCUGCCUUUUGUAUGCACCCUCGCAGAUAGCAUUGGCGGCCGUAUUACACGCUGCCGGUAGAGAACAAGAAAAUCUUGAUAGUUAUGUUACAGACAAUUUACUGAAUGGUGCCAGAGAAAAGUUACCGGCUCUGAUAGAAGCUAUAAGAAAAAUCCGUAUAAUGGUCAAGCAGUAUGAGCUACCUCUUAGGGAUAGAGUUAAAUUAAUCGAAAAGAAAUUGGAAAAAUGCCGAAAUCAAGAAAACAAUCCAGAUAGUGAAAUUUACAAAGAGCGAAUGCGUAAAAUGUAUUGCGAUGAUGAACUGGAAGUAGCUGAAGACACAUCCUAUUAUUUAGCAGAUUCCAGUGCGGACAUGUCUGCUUUGAAUAUGAGCCAAUAGUUGUGGAGAAUGUGUUUGCCUAGUUUUGUUUUUUUUUUACAUCCAAUUUUUAUGAAGGCAAUAAAUAUGUUGACAAACAAAAAUGUA